AUGGCGUUGCCUUUGGCGUUCCAGCAGACCUUGCAGGACGUGGAAGCGCAUUACCGGAGGCUUCAUGAAGAGGUCAUGAGCCUUCAACGCGAGAACCAGGAGAUGAAACAACAGCUGCGGGAGAUGGAUCCGUCGAACAGCGUGAAGGUGAUUGAAGCCAUCGAUGCGGACGAGCCCAUGAUUCUCCAGGCUCCGAAGGUGGCCUUUGAGGAGACGCUGGCCACGCAGUCCGCGCCCGCGCGGACCGCCGCGCAGCCAGACCACUCGGUGCCCCUCCCCGGGAGCCUGGAGGAAGACCUCUUGGAAGAGCUGCCAAUGCCUCACGAGAGGUCGGCGCCCAACCGCAUCCGGAAGGCGAGUGAGACGUGA